GUUUCGCCUUAUGGAACUUGAUGGAGUUAGCGUUACCAGCUACUUUAGUUGCAGUUCUUCAAGGUGUCAUGACCGCCCGUGUCUGCGCACUCUACCGAAAUUCCAAGCGAUUAUCUAUAUCGCUGUACAGUGGGCUCGCCCUUGUGCAAUUAUUAAACGUUGCUUUAACUAUUACAAUGUCCGUUCCGCCUCGCGGAAUCCAUGCACAAGAGGACGUUAUAUUUGGCGUCCCUGGCUGCUUCUAUAAUACACCCGAAUUCAAGGUCUUGUGGUUCUUCGGGUUUUCGAAUGGGAGCAUAUGUGCAUAUGAGCUCACGCUGAUUGCACUCCUUGUGUACCGCGCGGUGGGAUGGCGCUUUGGGGAGUCCGACUGCCGAACUUCUCCGUCGGGGACAGGAGGCAUUAUCAGCUUAUUAGUGCAUCAAGGAUUGCUGUACUUUGUAUGGGUGGUUACCUACGAAGCCCUGAGCAUUUAAUUUUCAAGCGACAACCUAACAAAU